AUGUCCGUCCUAGACUCGUGCCUACUUCGGCUACGGUUUGGAAAGGAUCAAUUGUUGAGCGCUGCGGCAACUCCGCCUCAAAAAGUGCGCACAAAUGGGAAGGUGACCUGGAGCCCCGUCACGAUAUACACCAAGGAUGGUUGCAGUUUUUGUACCAGAGCUAAGAGUUUGCUCAACGAGGAGAAAAUUGAGUACACCGAAUGUAAUAUAGAUCGACUGAAAGAAACGGAUCCGAAACAGUAUAAACCUCGAGUCAAUGGUCUAGUUUAUAUGACAAAACGACAAUGCCACAGAUAUUCAUAUGUGGACACUUCGUCGGAGGGUGUACGGAUCUAG